UGUGUUAUAAUGAGAAGAGUGUUUCGUGUAUAUUCUGCAACCAACAUUUCUUUGCUACCGCCUUGACAGCAUACACUACAACUCCCAGCAUGUCUUGUGAAUCCCUUUCAAUUCAACCAACCCUUCACUAGGCGUCACGCGCCCCUCCCCCAGACGCGCCACCAGACUGUCCAAUCAGCAGCGAAACCGCGUGCGCAGAUUCAAACGCAGUUCUAGAAGGAGGAUGGGCGCGAGAAACGGCGGGAUGGACGAAAAACCUGAAAUACGAAAUCAAAACAGCGUAGAUGAGAGUAGGGGGCAUGAAUAGUGAUCGAGACAGGCUGCAGUAGCCGAAAAUAUGCGUAAAAUCGCGACUUGGGACCCACAGACACGGCGCGGAAACUCCACAACUUAAUUUGAUUAAUCUAAGAGAAGAUCGCAUUGUAUAACAUCAUCGGAUACUGUCACUGUGUCCGAGAGAUAAAGACGUAAUUGACAUCUCCUGAUCAGAGCGAAGAAGGACAAACUGCAAUUAUAGGUUUGACAGCGCCUGGGUGUUACAGGUUACGUGUGGAUUGGAGCCAGUGUGUUCUGUAUAUGUAUUCAUAAAACUGGAACUAAGAUAAUAUAGCCGAUCGUGCAAUUUUCUAUAUUUGGUCCUUGCUGCUGAUUUAGCCAGAAAGAAAGCUCAUCACUAUGGCCAGCAUGACGGCUCGCAGGAAACUAAUGACCAUAGCGUUUAAUGAUAUGAACCCCUUCCCUAUGAAGCUGCUGAAGAACAGACGAGAGUUUCACAUGGAGAGGCUGACAGCCGAGCUGCUGGAGCUGGAGAGGAUACAGGAGGAGUUUGUGAAAGAACAACAAGUGGAGCGCAAAGACAAGGACCUGGACACUGCUGUCAGCGAAGACGAAGAAGUAAUACAGACUGCAGUUAGCUUGCAUCACACGUCCUGACGUUAUUGAAAAAUUACACAUCACUGAUACUAUUUAAACUAAUUUGUUUGCCUUAUUAUUCCCUGCUGUGGAAUAUAGUGGGGCUUACAUACUGUGUAUGUCACACAUACAUCUAACUGUUAUCCUUUGUCUGUUGUUGAGUAUAUAGGUAUGUCAGACUUACAUUUUUACAUGUACAGUUCGGCUCUUAUUUUGUAAUGGCGCGUGAUGUACCGACAUACUUGUUUUAGAGUCAACAAAUUAAGUUUACCAAACCUGUCAAAAUGCAGAAUAUUAAUGGAAAUAGGUGUGUUGGUAAUACACACACACUACAUCUCUGAAUGCUUGACUUCAAAUCCAGUUUAAGUCACACAUGAAAGGAGUAUGGUGGUCCUAAGCCCUCGGCUUCCACAUCACAAAACCAACACACAGUGUAGCACAAUUGGCACAAAGGAUAAACCUGUUUCUUAUCUCAUAAAACAGCCUUUUACUAUAAUUAUCAUCUGUCAGUCUCUGAAUUUCUUCAAUCAGCAGUUCCAUUCCACUCAGAUCAGUUUAGUAAAUUAAUUAUUUUGUAGUUUCCCAAGAAAACAAAAACUCAUUGGAGAUCUUGAAAAUUAAUGUCUUGAAAUGUGAUUAAUUUAGGCCAGGCUAAUCUGAACAAGUACAGAGAUUCCAGUUACUUUUCAGACCGGCAACCAGGUUCCAGAUUUUCUAAACGAGACUAUCUCUGAAAUAAACUUAUUUUUUAUGCA